CCGGACUUCAAUUCUUCUUCGGCCGGACGAGUACUUCGUCCAUGGUUCCUUGGCGUCCGGAGCCUGCGCCGUUUCCAGUGCCGGUGCCCGACCUGGAAGCCGAAGUCUGCGCCGUCACGAAACAAGCAUCUGUGAGAUCCCAAACCUCGUUGUCCUCAGAGCUGGCACCGAAGUUACUCCGUGGGGUGGCGCUGGAUUCGUGCUUGCAGUGUUGGGGUGCACAUUUCAGUGAAAGUGCUUCUUUGGAAGGUUAUCAGCUCAGCAGGGAGACUGAGUGCAUCAACCAGUUCUUAAGCCAUGAUUGGAAGACUCCGCGUUGGUCAAAGACGCUCGCAUUGCUGGUCUUUUACAACAGUGUGCCCGCUGCCGUUGCGACCAUCUGCGUGAGCAGUGUGACGUGCGGCUUGCUUCUGAGCCGCAGGCUUCCAGGAGGUUGGCCCACAGCAAGUAUCUCAACCUACUCCACGUUUCUCAUCUUUUUUUGCUUUGGGCAACGGUUGCGACGUCUCGCUUGCUGUUCGGUGCCGAUGGUCUUCCUGGACCGACUUUGUAUCGCACAGCAUGACGAGGAGCUCAAGCGACAGGGCAUCCUGGGAUUGGCUGGCUUUUUGCUCAAGUCCCAGAAACUGUUGAUCCUUUGGACUCCUCGCACCUUCACUCGAGUGUGGUGUACCUUUGAAUUGGCACAUUUCCUUCGACCUGGAGGCGACAGCAAACGGGUGGAGAUUCUGCCCGUCGCGAUGAUGUCGUUGCUGAUACUCACUUGUGCUGUGAACUUCAUCUUCUGGUGCUUCUUUCAUGUCUGGGUGUACAUUGAGGAGCUAGGCUCAAUGGGCAUGGACGGCUUCUAUAUUGUUGCGCUGGCAGGAGGUAUACUCUCUCCGUCGCUGCUUCUGGGGAUGUCCAUUCAAAUCCAUUUUGGGAUCCAGUAUAUGAAGGACUUGGAGAACCUGGAAGGUCAAAUGAAGGGCUUCAGCAUUCGACAAGCUGAGUGCUCCUGCUGUGACUUGAAUCACGUCCAUCCACAGACUGGUGUUUCAAUCCUUUGCGAUCGUUCAUUGGUGUUCAAGACGCUAAGACGCUGGUACCCUGCUGGCCCUGGCGAUGAUCACUUGGAUUGCUUUGAUAGCCUCGUUCGCGAGCAGAUGAGACAUUUUGUCGUGGAAGGUUUGGGCUCCGGUGCUCCACCCUUACGUUUUAUGCUGGCCAUGAUGGUUGUCUCACCCCUUGGCAUCCGAAGUGAGAGAUCUUGGGUUGGCUGCAAACAUGCCCCCCAAAUCGGGAAGUGAACCCUGUUUGCUUCUGCGCAUAUUUCAGCCUGUAGGGAAUUUGAGGAUACUGCAGAUAGCUGAGUUUCAGCCACACCCCGGAAGUCUUCCUUUUGCUUUCUUCUGGAAGUCCGAUCCUCAAAAGUAUCUAAAGGUCCCUCAUCAUGGGGUACUUGAUGCCGUUCUGAUCCAAGGCAUCCUGCCUCAAUACAUUCACAUGGGCUUGGAUCACAUUCGAGUCUACCCACAUGUGUCAGCGGAAUGGAACUUCUGGCAGUGGAUCGCUCAAUUUGCGAUGGUGCCACUUGUUACAAUGUUCUUUUUUUGGCUUUGUAACUUUGGCGCCUGGAGUGGUGCCAGGCUUAGUUUUUCCAAGUGGACAUCGCUGCUGACGGUGCUGAUCCUGAACUUUUGUUUGCUGGGUGCCUUUUGGCUUCCAAUGGCGGUGGCAAGCUUUCCGAAGAUACCGCAAAAGAUGCUUCCAGUGUUGGCCGUCAUGCUUUCAGUGCUGUUGGGCCUGUACACCCGGCAGUACGGAUGUGUUUCUUGCGGAACCCUCGCCCAGCGUGGCCUACGUUUGUUGCGUUGGCGUUGAAGGGGCAAGAUGGAACAAAGGCUUUUCAUGGGUCGAUGGUAGGUGGGAGGCGAUUGCUUAGGUGUCACGAUCCGUUUCACCGCCGGUUUCACUUGUACAUCGCCUGUAGCUGCGUUGAGCCAGAUGGUUUCUGGCAUUUGCGAUCCAGAUGAUGUCAAAAUGAUUUUGAUGCCAUG